AUGUCCACCUACGACAAGCCCAUCGAGGGUGCCGACGCCUUCGUCGAGAACCACCAAGACGAGAAGUCCGACCGCCAUUAUGUCGAACCUAAGAACAAGAAGAUGAACACGGAGCUUGCCAUUGCCCUCGAGAACACCCACUACAACAAGUGGUCCAAGGACAGCAUGAUUCUCUACCUUGGUGUUUUCGUGGCCUUCUGCUCGUCAUACGCCUCGGGAUACGAUGGUUCGCUCAUGACCGCUCUCAUUGCCAUGAAGCCCUUCCAGGAGAAGUUCCACCCCGGCACCGGUGGCACGCACGGUAACGGUGGUAAGGUUGGAGCCAUUAUGGCUACUUUCAACGCCGGAUCCUGCAUUGGUGCCCCCGUCAACACCUACGUUAUGGACCGCUUCGGUCGUCGUCCCGCACAGGCCGCCGGCGCCCUGCUUAUCGUUCUUGGCACCAUUCUCACCACCACCUCGCACCACCUUGCCCAGUUCAUCGUGGGCCGCUUCUUCCUUGGUAUGGGCUCUGCCUUUGCCCAGUCUGCCCCGGCCUACUCGAUGGAGAUUGCCCGUCCUCAGUGGCGUGGUCGUUGCGCGGCUAUUUACAACUGCGGCUGGUACGCCGGUGCCAUCCCGGCUGCUGCCAUCACCUUCGGAACCAACUACAUGAAGACCGACUUGGCCUGGCAGCUGCCCCUCAUCUUCCAGUGCUUUACUUCAGUCAUUAUCUGCGCCUUCAUCUUUGUCAUCCCCGAAAGCCCCCGUUUCCUCAUGUCGAGGGGACGCGAGGAGGAGGCGCACGCCUUCCUCACCCGCUUCCACGGUGGCGGCGACCCGAACGCUCCCAUUGUCAAGCUCGAGCUCGAGGAGAUGCGCAACAGCUACCAGGAGAACAAGAUGGAGGCUUGGUAUGACUACAGCCCUCUUGUAGCCACCCACUCUGGUCGCUGGAGGCUUCUUCAGGUUAUUCUCAUGGGUAUCUUUGGCCAGUUCUCCGGCAACGGUCUCGCAUACUACAUCACCAUUGUCUUUGGGCAGCUCGGUAUCACGUCGGUCGAGUCGCAGCUCGGUUACAACAUCCUCUACUCGUGUGUCUGUGCCAUCGGUGCCAUCACCGGUGCGUCCCUCACCGACACCAUGGGUCGCCGCAAGGUCCUCGUCGUUGGUCCUGCCGUCAUGUCUGGCCUCCUGUCCAUCUACAUUGGCCUCAACUCUAUCAUCGCCAAGCACGUGCAACCCGACGGUUCUACCGACCUUUCUCCGAGCCUCGCUCAGGGCGCACUCGCGAUCUACAUGCUUUUCGGUGCCACCAUCGCUUUCGUCUACACACCUCUCCAGUCGGUUCUCCCCGUCGAAGCGCUCUCAAACAACAUGCGUGCAAAGGGCCUGACGGUCUACACCUUUACCAUGACGGCCAUGGGGUUCAUUAAUAUGUUCUUGGGACCCGUGGCCUUGUUCAGCAUUGGGUACAAGUACAUCAUCGUGUUCGCCGUGAUCGACGCCCUCGAGUCGGUGAUUUGGUACUUCUGCUGCGUCGAGUCCUGCGGCCGUACCCUCGAGGAGAUGGACUACAUCUACGACCAGCCGAACCCCCCCAACGCGUCCAAGAAGCACUACUAG